UUGACAGCCAUAAUCGCACACAUUUCAUUGUGCAAUCAAAAAAACUGGAAAACUGCAGAAAAUCUCUCUUGCACGUGUCGUUCCCGUARGCAGGCAACAAGUUUGGAGCAUUGCAGUUAGUUGGUUAUAUCCUCAUAAGGAAGCUAAAUUAUUUAAGUGAAAUAAAGAUGUUGUUGCAACAAUUCACCCGCGCAUUCCACACCACACGUAUAGCGUUAGCCGGUGUUGAGAAGAGUGCUUUGGCCACGCUGCGCAAGAAGACCGGCUACACAUUCGCCAAUUGCAARAAGGCACUGGAAAAACAUAAUAACGACAUCAAUGCGGCUGAAAAAUGGUUGAACGAACAAGCCCAAAGUUUGGGUUGGUCAAAAGCCACAAAACUUGCAGAAAGGACAACAGCACAGGGUUUAGUAGGUGUGCUUAUUCACGGCAACAUCGGUGCUAUGGUUGAAGUCAACUGUGAAACCGACUUUGUUGCACGCAAUGAGCAUUUCAAGAAUUUUGUCGAUCACGUGUCACGCAUUUGUGCUAAGUAUACUGAAACUACAGAUUUCGAUGGUGAUUUAUGGAAGCUCGGAUUCGARGCUGAAGCGCUGAAGAACCUCCGGACGGCAGAUGGCAAAACACUAGGAGACCACCUGGCGUUACUCAUUGGGACUGUGGGAGAAAAUGCUUCAAUUAAACGUGCGAUAUGCUUUAAGACCAGCAAUGAUUUGCAAUUAGCUGGGUAUGCUCAUCCGACAGCCACAAAUGUGGCUGCAGCCGAGAACACUACACAAAUCGGCAAAUAUGGAACAAUUGUGGCUUUUCGUGGUUCUGAAGUAGAUGAUGAACUUCAGAAAAAUCUUUGCCAGCAUAUUGUUGGUCUUAACCCCGUGAAGAUUGGCGAAGAAGGAAAAGAUAAACCAGUGGCUAAUAAAGAUGAYGAGACAUGUCUCAUACACCAAGAAUACUUGCUAGACCCCGAUCGCACAGUAAACGAUGUCUUAAAGGAAAAUAACGUCACAAUCAUUGAUUAUCAGCGAUACGAAUGCGGUGAGGCAACAAAGAACGAGCGGUUGGAACAGGCUGAAGUAAGCAAUUAAUUGCGUAUGCUUGAGAAUCUGUAAUGUUAUAUAAUCCAUGAAUUGUUGUUUUAAACUUAGUCAUUGCUAAAUUUCAAAUUAAAAUUUAUAGAAAUAUGAACAAAAAUAAAUAUUCACAAUUAAAUAAAUUUCAC